UCUUUCUCUUCUCAGCACCUUUCUCUCACUAGAACCAAAACCCUUUCUGUUUCUCUCUCUAAAACCUCUCACGACCUUCAUCUCCGAGAAGUUUCGUUUUAGAUGCCACAAGUCGAUCUGGAGAUCUUAGUCCCUUCGGUAUCCAGCGGAGGAUCCGAUCGCAAGAUUGGCUGCGAAACCCUCGCCGGAGAUCCGAUCGAUGACCCCAAAACCCGACCCGACGCCGGCUCCGUCGCGACUCCGCCGCAGGAUUUUCCGCCGGAAUCUUACUUCCUGUCAAAAGAAGACCAGAUCGAGUGGCUGAGUCAGAACGCAUUCUUUGAGCGCAAAGAAUCGCAGAAAGGGAACUCGACCUCGAAUUCGAAUCCGGGUUCCAAUUUCAACCCGAAUUCCAAUCCUGGUUCAACUUCCCACCCGAAUUCGAACUCGCAGCGGAUUUCGCUGAAGCCCAAGGCAUCGAUCUUCGGAUUGCCAAAACCGCAGAAGACAUGCUUCAACGAAGCCAAGAGCCGGAGAAAUUGCAGAAUCGCAAAAGCACUUUUGAUCCCAAAACGGGUCGGGUCGAGGUUGAAAUCGGAUCCUUCGUUGUCCGAACCUUCGUCGCCGAAGGUCUCAUGCAUGGGACGAGUCAGAUCCAAACGCGACCGGAGCCACCGGAUCCGCCGUCAGAAAUCGGUCCGGUCCAAUCCUGUUAUUGAUAAUCCGAACCGGAGCAAGAAACCCGGUUUCCUCGCCAGCUUCAGGGCCAUCUUCCGAACUGGAGGCGGGUGCAAGGACGUAUCCUCGUCAGCGCGUGGGGAAGACGUGCAUCCGGCGGCGAGAGACAUCAGGAACCGGCUUCCACCGGAUGAUGUGGACGCGGUUAGCGCCGGUCCGAGGAGGUCGCUCAAUGAACCGGUGCGGUCCGGUUUGGGAGGAAUGAACCGGUUUGCUUCGGGGAGGAGAGCGGAUUUGUUGGUGGAUGUUGACGUGGCUUGACGUGCGCCGUCUGAUUCGGGGUGGUGGUGAGUGGGGUCCAUUCCCGCUAGGUUGAAAUAUCGUCUGGUUUUGUGGGACCUACCAAAUUUUGUUUUUGAAAAGUCGUUGGAGCUGACGUGGCGUGUUUUAACAGUUUCUCCAAAACACACGGUGAAGUAAAUGUGGACCCUCGGUGAUUUCGCGGUUUUACUCCAAAAUGCACCGUUUUUGUCUCGUUUAUAUGAUUUUCAACGUUUUUCUUUUAAAUGUUUUGUAAUUUUCUUCUAGUUUUUUCCUGUUUCUUUUACUUAUUCAGUUGUAAAUAGAAGAAAUUUUACAAUAUUUGUAUA